CACCACUACCACCACCACCACCACUACCACCACCAGCAGCAGCAGCACCACCGCCACCCCGGACGGAUACGCGAGCAGACUCGGCGAACGCGGUCGCUUCCACCCCGGGCACGCGAGAGCCUCGCGACGACGACGACGACGACGACAAAUAAUCGUGCGCCGCGCGUUAUGGAGUCCCAGAACCAGGAGAUCGUAGCGAGCGGCUCGCCCGCCGAGGUGCCGAACGAUCCAGGGAAAAUGUUCAUCGGCGGCCUGUCUUGGCAAACCAGUCCAGAGAGCCUUAGGGAGUAUUUCACCAAGUAUGGGGACAUCACAGAGGUCAUGGUCAUGAAAGAUCCCACCACGCGACGAUCAAGGUGAGCGUUGUAUGCGUUUAUACGUACCAUCUCUCUCGUUUGUGCUUUAACGCGCCGAUCGGUUCCUCUCGUGAGACCGCGCUGCUCCCGAUUGUUCAUUCAACGAGUAACCCCAACCUUAGUAGAUGGCGCAUGUCUCUCGCGAAAA